AUGCGGGUGUUGUUUUGGAAUAUCAAUGGAGUUGCACGUGAUGUAGCUCAAGAUAAACUAAAGGAGUUGAUUAGAGAGUUUAAACCAGAUAUUUUUGGUAUUGCUAAACCAAAAGUUCCCUGUUCUGCUGGGUUCAGAUAUGGUUUGCUAAGAGAAGGUUAUUUUUCUCAUGUUAUUAAUAAUGCUUCUUCUUCUAGUAUUGCUAAUAUUUGGGUUUGUUAUUCAAAUACUCUAAAUAUUUCAAUUGUUAAUGUCAGUAAGCAGGCAAUAACAGUUGAGGUGGAUGGUGUACAUGUUUCUUUUGUCCAUGCUAGCUAUAUUCAGGUUACUAGGAGGAGUCUUUGGCAGCAUCUUGUUAGUUCUGGUGAUGGUAUUCCUUGGUUAGUCAUUGGGGAUUUUAACUGUAUUCUUCGUUUGGAUGAGAAGAAGGGUGGUCUUGAACCUAGAACCUCAGCUAUUAAUGAGUUUUCAGAUUGGUUGGAUGACAACAAUCUCUUUGAAGCGGAUGCUUUGGGAAGUAAGUUCACUUGGACGAAUAGACAAUCAGACCCAAAAGAGCUUCUUUUCGAGUUCAAAAGAUGUGGUUCUUACAUUCUGAUUUCCUUCGUAUGGUUAAAGCAGAAUCAGUUGAGGUUUGAGGCAGCUGCUCUUCUUUCUGAUGAAAACCCGGAUGACAUUACAAAGUUAAAUAUUAUGAAGGAUGCUAUGGCUAAACUUAAUGAUACUCGUGCUCAGUUGAGUACUAUGCUUAAGCAGAAAUCUAGAAAUAAAAAUCAUGUUGUGCACUAUUAUGAGGAUAAGUUUAAUGGGCCGGAGUUGGAGAUUGAUCCUAUUUUAUUUGACUAUAGUCAUAUUAGCAUCUCGGAGGAGGAAAGUUUAGCCAUGGACAGAAUUCCAUCUUCUGAGGAGAUUAAACAAGCAGUUUUUGAUCUAGGGGCAGACAGUGCUCCAGGGACGGAUGGGUUUUCUGGAUGUUUCUAUAGACACUGCUGGGAUAUUAUUCAAGAUGACUUAUUAAGAGCCGUUAUUUAUUGCUGGAAUUCUGGUCAUAUCCCAAAUGGGGUAAAUUCUAUCCUAAUUGUCUUGAUUCCCAAGGUAAGAGGUGCUAAUUCUCUUCGUAAUUUUCGUCCUAUUGGUCUCAGUAAUUUUUUCUUCAAAAUCUUUACUAAGAUCUUAGCUACUAGACUGGGGAGCGUUUUAGAUAAACUUAUUUCUGAAGAACAGGUGGAUUUCAUGAAAGGGCGUAACAUCCAUGAAAACAUUAGUUUUGCUUCUGAAUUGAUUAAUGAGCUUCAUAUCAAUCGUAAGGAUGGUAAUUUGGGCCUUAAGCUUGAUAUUUCACAAGCUUUUGACACGGUCAGUUGGUCUUUUGUCUUGGAGGUUUUUCGUAGGUAUGGUUUCUCGGAGCAUUGGUGCACUUGGAUUUCUCAUAUCUUCAAUUCUGCUAGAAUCUCUAUUCUCUUGAAUGGAAGUCCGGAGGGUUUUUUCAAGAUAAAUAGAGGUUUACGUCAGGGAAAUCCUCUUUCUCCCUUGAUCUUUGUUUUGAUGGAGGAUGUCCUUAGCAGAAAUAUCACAAAGCUUUUUGCAGAGAAGAGGAUGUCUUACAUGUGUGCUUCGGGUCAAUCUGUUUGUCGCCAAAAGAGUAAAAUUUAUUAUGGUGGUGGUUCGUUGAGUAGACGUAAUUAUCUUGUUGAUUAUUUGGGUAUGAGUGUAGCUACUUUCCCUGAUCGUUAUUUGGGUGUUCAAAUAAUGCCUGGUGCUGUGAGGUAUCAUCAUAUUGCUAAUGUGGUUGAGAAGAUUAAAACCCAUCUUGCUGGUUGGAAGGGUUUUCUUUUGUCUUUUCAUGACCGUAUUGUGCUUGUUAAAUCAGUUAUUUCGAGUUAUUCCAUCCAUAAUAUGGCUAUUUAUAAGUGGCCUAGCAAGUUCAUUGUGCAAUGUGAGCGUGCAAUUAGGAAUUUUAUUUGGUCUGGUGACUCUAAUGUCAGUCGUGUUGUUGUGGUGGCGUAUGAUAAAAUCUGUUUCCAUUUUGAGGAGGGGGGUUUGGGUUUAUCUCGUAUGGCUACUAUGAAUUCUGCAAUGUUGAUGAAGUUAUGGUGGAAGAUCAGUACUUCUAAGAAGAAUUGGGCAGGUUAUCUUAAGGCUAAGUUUUUUAGUCGAAGAGGUUACAUUAAGACUUAUGGGGUGAAGUCUACCAUUCUUCCAGGCAUUAAAAGGGUUUAUAAAUAUGUGGAGGCUAACACUAAAGUUCUUCUUGGUGAUGGCAGGUCUACUUCUCUCUAUUAUGAUGUUUGGUAUGGAGAAAAAUGUUUUGCAGAGAUAUUGAAUGAUUUUACUCUUGACAUAUUGGUUUUGGUGAGUGAUUGUUAUAGGGAUAACAAAUGGGUUUUUCCUGAAAAUCACUUGAACUGUUUACUCGCGGCUGGUGUGGAUAUGCAUAAUCUUCCUUUGCCAAAUGGGGGUGAAGAUAAGAGAGUUUGGAUGCCAAAAUUUUCAGGUGAUUUUUCGGUAAGCUCUGCCAAGGAGCUUAUUCGUCAGAAACAUGGUAGCUUCAAUGCAGCAUCUAUGCUGUGGAGGAAGGAAAUUCACCCUAAACUUGCGGCUCAAAACUGGAAAUUCAUUCGUUGUGCUUCUCGUGCGUGGUCUUGGAUUUCUGGUAUCUUUGGUAUGACAGCAAACUUCAACAUUGUGGAUUCUUUCAAGGCAGCUAAGGGAAGAAGUACAAUUGUCCGUGACUUGUGGAUGGUGGAGAACUUAGUAAUCAGGUCAGAACUAUGGGCUAUGCGCAACAAAUUCAUUUUUGAGAAGCACAAACCGAGCUGGGGUCUUUUUUCUAAAAGAGUGCUGAAGCUAAUACAAGAAUAUUCAGUCCGUCUAAAAGGGUUUAUGCGCAACAGUGUGGAUGAUAUGGUGCUGUUGGAUUACUUCCGUGUGGUUCAUAGAAGUGUUAGACAUCAGCAGCCUAUUGAAGUGUUAUGGCAGCCUCCGGAACUUAAUGAGAUUCUAAUUUGUUGUGAUGGAGCAGCGCGUGGAAAUCUAGGCAUUGCGGGAGCAGGAGUGGUGGAAAGAGACUCUAGUUGUGCAGUUCUUGGUGCUUUGAGUAUUGGUCUUGGAGUUACUACAAACUAUUUGGCGGAACUCUAUGCAAUUAUAAUUGGUAUGGAAUGGGCAAUGCAAUGGAAUUAUGAUCGUAUUUGUGUGCAAUAUGAUUCAUAUGGAGUAGUUCAAGCUUUACAAAGCUCUUCUAUUCCUUGGUUUGCAAGAGCAAGAUGGGGGCGGUAUGCAAUCAUUAUAUUUCUAUAA